GGAAGAAAGCCUCUCUCGCGGGGCAAGGGCAUCGCGAUGGAGGUUUUACUUCGCAGUCAGGAACCUCGUAUUUAUCAACAAAGCCAGCAACAGGUAUAGAGUGCGCAGAGCUGAAUAUAUAAAGAUGGCGCGAAAUAGUGAAAAGGCACAGUCAAUGCUGUUCCGCUUCAGAGAGCAGGAGGCGGCGGAUAUGGGAAUCAUCGACGCCAGCAGAAGACGUCGUCCAAAAGUGAUCUCCUCUGUCGAAUCUGUUCAGGAAUGCGAGCGAUGGCGAGGACAAGUGGUCCGGGAUAUCAGCGUGAAAGUCACCCGGAUCCAAGACCCUGUUUUAUCGAAUUACGAAAUCCGCGAUUUAAACGACGAGAUCAAUAAACUGAUGCGCGAGAAAUACGUCUGGGAACUACAGAUCCGGAACCUGGGCGGUCCUAAUUACCUGCGGAUGCCUGCAAAGACAUAUGACGACGACGGCCGCGAGAUCCCCACCACACGCGGCUACAAAUAUUACGGCCGCGCCAAGGAACUUCCCGGCGUCAAAGAACUUCUCGAGCCGCCGCCGAAAGAUGAAAUCCGAGUGAACGCGCGCGCAAACUACAAGACCGACGUCGACGCGAGUUACUACGGAUACCUGGACGAGGAAGAUGGCGAGGUGCUGAAGUUUGAGGAGAAGUUGGAGAAAAUCAGUCUGGCGAAUACGUUGAAAGAAGACGAGGGCGUGCCGGUGGGAUGGAUGGGUAUCGACCGGCCUGAUUCGAUACCGAGUUUGAAAGAGGUCGAGGACUGGUUGCUGGAGCGGAGGAAGGCAAAGCUGAUGGAGCGGUAUGAUCUAGGCUCAUGAGCCGUCGGCAAGAUAGAAAAAGAUUUGUACGAUAUGUAUGUUGUCUAUAUAC